AUGUAUACGACGCCCUCGCUACACGAGGCCACUAUAUCUUCGGCUAGAUCAGCUUUGAAGUCGAUAACUUUUGUUCUUGCAGGUCGAACAACCCUCUCGGAGCACUGCCCCACAGAACACAUCGAAGUCGACUACGCUAUAGCCGAACGCUCACCGUAUCUUCGCAUCUACCUCCCACAGCACGUGCGCGAUGACCGACCUUUACUGCCUAUUCAGCUCGGCGACAUCGAUCCAGCAGGCUUCAGGCUCUACAUCGAGUGGCUCACAACCAGCAUUGUCAAGUUCUCCGAUCAGCGAUCUCUUCAACUCCGCUCAUGUAUCGACCUCAUCUACGCGCACAUCGUCGGCUCCGCGUUCUCGCAACCCAACUUUCAGGAUUACAUCAUCGACAAGCUAACUUCUGUUCUGGACCCGGCGCAAACGUUCGAUCAGAAGAUUCUUGAAAUGCUGUAUUUGGAAAAGCAUGCGUCGACGUUACUACGGAAGUUUGUUACGGACAAGAUGUUCGCGUAUGACAGGAGGAUGCUGGGUAUGCUUCGAAAUUCUGUGGAGGACAUUGUGACUGGGAUCAGUGAUGUAAAGGGGUGUGAAUACCAUAUCCAUGAUGACGGAGUGUGUUAUAGGAAUGGAGGGCCGGGUGAGUUUGAAGAGAUGGAGAGAGGUAACGACCCAGGAGGGAAGAAGGGGAGUAUUGACGAUGAUCCGGAACUUAAUGCCAUGGCAGCGCAAUAUCUAGGCAAAUCAACGACCGCUUCAAGAACGGACAACUACGCCUACAACUGCUACUUCGCUAAGAUCAUCGAACUACACAUCUGUCUCUCGACCAUCCUCACCGUUAGAUCUCAUACCGCCCUCCCUCCGCCCAGGCACACCCCUACCAUCCACGCAUCCAACCCGCAACCUGACCUUCGCCCCUCUCCCGAAAUCACACCGCACAACACCUAA